CACAGUCAUUGACAGUAGAGGGACAACUGAAGAUCAGCCAUGAAGCUGUUUCCACUUCAUCCUGUUAUAUGGUCCAGUUUGUUGGUUUUGUGGUUCCCACAAUGUGAAUCUGAGGGCCACACUUUGAAUGCCUGUCAAGAGAAAAUGGAUGACCAGUACGAGGUGAAAAUAAACCUACCUAAAGACCAUACAGACAUGUUGGCUAUGGUUCUCAUACGGACUUCAGCUCAGCAGGAUUCCUAUAAAGACCUUACAGAUAUAAAGGAGAAGUUUAUCUGCCUCCUCUACCCGACAAAUGAGCUCAACUGCUCCUGGUCAUUCAACACUUUAGAGAAGGAUACUCAGCUCUCUGUGUUUAUCAGCGCUUGUGAUGAUGAAAUACUGGUUGAGUCACUAAACUAUACUUCUGUGGAAAGAGCUGGAUCAGCAUCUUUGAUUCUCAGGAAUAAUAUGGCAGAAGUCAUCCUUCAUUUUAACAAGUCCAAGCAGCACAAGUGGACGUCUUACACCUACGUGUAUGACAUGGACAUGCUGGAGCUCCUUUCUCCACCUCCAAACAUCUAUGCUUCAGUCAAAGAUGGAGCCCUGGUUGUAUCAUGGGGUCUGCCUCGCACCAGAGAAGUCAUUAACCCUUAUUGUUUUGAGUACCAGCUGGAUAAGGGUGAUCAGGAACAGCCAAUGUACUUGAUCGCCCAGCAGUCUUACAGAGAGCCAAUUUCAGAUGCCACACGCACCUACAAACUGAGAAUGAGGACACGAAUAACAAACACCUGCUCUGGAUCAUCUCAGUGGAGUGAAUGGAGUGAUACUGUUGGUGUCGUCGUGCACAACGGUUCAACCGAUGGCUCGUGAUCCGGUGUCAGCGACUGGUUGAAGGGCUAGUGUCUGGAAGCCUUAGUAAAUGUUAUUAUUUUUGAAACUUUUCUUUCUUGGUCAUAGGAAUUGACAAAAAGAGAUAUUUUCUUUAACCGUUUCACAUAUAGUGGCCACUACAGUGGACAGCUAUUCAAAGGCUGUUUUCUUGUAUUUGUGUCAGUGUUCAUAGUUUACUUGCACAUAAACACAACACAGUGUAUAUUAUGUAUUA